AUGCAGUCCGGUCGAGGAAUAGGCAGCCAGUUUCACCAUAUUAGCUACUGCUUCCUCGCUUCAUACGGGACGCAGAGAACGCUCAUUAUUAAUGAAAAGCCAUCGAACAUGGACUUUAGCACGGGUACCUACUUUCUACCCCUCAGUGAAAACUGUACCUACAAUAAUAAGAGCACUGCGUGGCCAGGAACUGAGGACUCCGCUUGCAAACAAGACACGCUCGUCAUCCAGUUUCCCGACAAUGACAGACCCGAACCGCGGCCGAACUAUUUCCCGAGGUCAGUGCCACGGGACUUUGCCCAGCGCCUCAUGAGUGCCCACGGCGACCCCUUCGCCUGGUGGAUGGGGCAGUUCUUCAAGUACGCCAUGAGGAUGACCCACGGAUUCCAGGACUACGUCGAGAAGCUAGGGGCUCGUCUUGGCUACGAGAGUCCGAUUGUUGGAGUACAAGUCAGGAGAACGGACAAGCUGCGUUACGACUCGAGACACAUAAAACUUGAAGAAUACAUGGAGGUCGUGGACGACUUUUUCGACGACCUGGAGAUUCGAGGGACGAAGGUGAAGACUCGCAGGAUCUACUUGGCCACAGACGAACCGGAGGUCCUCGAGGAAGCGAAGGCGAAAUUCCCCAACUACGAGCUUGUGUUCAACGAGGAGAGCGUCGCCACAGCCAGCUUGAGCCAAAGGGAGAGCGAAGCCAACAUGAGAAACCUCAUGGCUGACAUCUAUUUCCUCUCUCGCUCUGACUUCCUCGUGUGCCCCAUGUCGUCUAAUAUAUGUAGGCUAGCGUACGAGCUCAUGCAAACUCUCCACUCGGACGCCUCGAGGAAAUUAUUCUCCAUGGAUUUGCAUUAUUGUUACCACUCCCAGAGCCCUCACGAGGUGGAGGCGAGGUACCCUCACUCGCCUCGAAGGGGCAGCGAGAUCGAGCUCCGGAAGGGCGAUCGUGUGAUGAAAUCUCAGAGUCACUACAACAAGCAUCGCAAUUACCACGACGGUUUCUCGCAUGGAGUCAACCAGAGGACGAGAAAAGCCGGCUUGUACCCAAUUUACAAGACGGUUGAUGUCCUGCUGCUCGCUGAUACGCCACCCUUCGAUCAGAUUGACAAGAGGGAAGA